GUGACUGGGGUGCCACGCCGGAGUUCACAGGGGUCCCCAGUGGCGGGACCCGUGUGAUCAGACAUCUUAUCCCCUAUUCUUUGGAUAGGGGAUAAGAAGUUUUUCGGCAGAGUACCCCUUUAAAGAAGAGAGCCACCCCCUGUACCAUACCUCACGCUAUAGCCUUGUAUCAUCUUGGUACUUUCCAGCAGAUGCUCCUGAAGAUCUAACAACACCAUAGGCUAAAAAUAACCAAACAGCAUAUAGAAAUGAUAUCUGAAUGCAUUACCUUCAUGUGUUAUUGCUAAUUCAUUACCAUACCUUAAAUGCAAUCUGUUUUCUUUCCAGGCUGUUUGCUGGCUAUUUAAGUGUACGUGCUGCAAAAACACCUAUUGACAGAGUGUGUGUAUGACCCACACCAGACUUUACAAGAAAAUUAGAUAUGUCCACAUCUAUAUGUCACUUUUAUAUGUUGGAAUACCAGCAAAAAUAGUAUUCCAGUGUAUACCGCAACGUGUCCAUAGGGUAGAAUUCUUUCCCACAAAUAAAACAUAUACAGUACUGCCAUGAUUUGGUCUAGGGUUGCUAUUGUCAUUAAGGCUGUGUUCACACGGCGGAAUUUACAAGCGGAAUCUGCCAGAAAAAUUCCGCUUGGAAAUUCUGCUGCGGCAGUGUCUCAUUGAUUUUAAUGGGAUUCUACUGCCCUGUAUACAUGGCAGAAUUUCUUUGGCAGAAAUAUCUGCAGAAGAACUCCAAUUUCAGUGUCCGCUGAAGCAAUGAACAGGUUCAUUGUUGCCAUCCAUUGAGACUUCUAAUCGGUCCUAAUGCCACAGCCAGAUGUAAGCUGCAAGUCAGUGUAUAUUUAUCAAAAGCCAUACCCAUUUGUCGCUUUUUGUCUUUGUCUUUUUUUUUUUUUUUACUGAAAUCUUGGCGUUUCUCUCCCAUAGAAUUCUAUGAUAAAAAAAAAGUCAUAAUAAACGCAAUGUGGGUUUUGCAUUGGCAUUUUUGGCCUUCCUGGACACAGGAACAGGAGAAACUGUCAAAAGGAGAAAAAACUAUUUCCACACAAAGAUUACUUCUGAGCAGUCAUCUCAUUGUCAUCACAAGCAGGAUUACUAUGACAGGGGGACACGCUGACGACAAGGGAAGGCUGAAUUAAGGGGGCGACAUGCUUUCCGCUACCCCCCUCUAUGGGAACGUACAUAGCUGGAUGAGCAAUGAGCGGGUCCGCAUGUGCGGCAUCAAUGAGGACAGGAAAAUUCUUAUCACUGAUGGUGACAUUCAGAAAGCCCGACUUGAGCUGAGAGAAGAUCAUCUCGGUCACACCUUGGUGGAUGCAGCAGCUGUUCAUCGAAUGGACAGCCUAACUGCUCUCGGCAUGGACCGUACAGGUCUAAUGCAGGAAGGAUUAAGAGUCCCUGGAGGCAUGGUCUACUCUAGCCUGUGUGGCCUUGGCACGGAAAAAGUUAGAGAACCAUCCACUAUACCAGGGCUUGGGUAUGCACCUGACCGAAAUUCUGAACUUCAAUUUAAGCCAAAUACUGCUGAAACGAUGGAGACUGCCCAGAUGACUGGAAAACAGCCCAAUGGUUUUAACUCCUUGUUUAAAACCCCACCAGGACUGCAAAAGACAUCUGUCCCUACAAGUGAAUCUCUGGUUUUGGACAGAGCAGUCAAUGAUAAACAGAGUCCCAUUGAUGUGAAUGGUGCUAAUUAUUUAAGGAUUCCUUGGGUGCACUCCUAUAUGGAUAGCGCAUCACCAGCUAUGUACCCAUUCAUCGAUUCACCAAAUAAGUAUUCUUUAAGCAUGUAUAAGGCGUUUCUACCUCAGCAGUCGGCUUACAGUUUGCCACAGCAUUUAACCUACUCACCAGUUUGCCCGAAUGGUGAACGCUUUGUAUAUCUUCCACCGUCACCUUAUGUAACAUCCCAUAUCCCAUCAAGCCUGGCACCACCAAUGAGGAUCCCUGCACCAUCAGCAGCUCCGGCCAUACCCACUACUGUUCAUUGCUUAGAAAAAAGUUUACCAUGGAAAAUGGGGAUUAAUCCAGGGUCUAAUGUUGAUCACCAUGCCUAUUCUCAUCUUCAAACAAAUAAGCAGCCUAGGAUGCCGUGCACAAAGUCUAUGGCUAGCAGUAUGUCACCUGAAGCCUCACUGUUGUUGGCAUCUUCUCAAAGACCAUCUCCUAGGCUUCAUCACUCAACUCAACCAGUUGGAGAUGGCUAUUCUGAUUAUCAGUCAUUUGUUAAAAUCUCAACACCGCCUACAUCUGUUUCUCACACAAAACCACUCACAAGCAUAAAUAGUGACCUCACACCUUUAAGGCAAUCAAGCACCAAGACUAACAAACUACUUGACGGAGAAAAUGCACAGAUGCAAGCACCCUCCAAAAGGUAUACAAAGGAAAGAAAGGACAACAGGUCUCCUAGCUUGUUGGAAAAGCAAACACCUCACAAAGAAGGAACUGAAAAACCACUUGAUUUGUCUUCAAAGCUUAGUGAUGCCGAAAUGUCAGCAAUGUUGCUUUCAGGGCGAUCUGGAAAUACCAUGGGAAUGUGCACCAGAGACAUUCAGAAAGAAGCCAUAUCUCCUUCUGCUGGUGUUAGUGCUAUCUUCAGACCAGAAAUGAUCAGUAAUGCACCUUCAUCAUGGGUAGUACCUGGUAUGGGCAGCUCCGAAGACAUGAAUGGCAUCAUUAUGCCACUGAAAAACAAAGCAUUGGAAAGGGUUAUGCCACAACAGAGGAGCUCUUCAUGCCCUCGGAUGGGAAGCUCUGAAGUAGUAGUUACAAGCAGUUCAGGAUGCAUCUCUAGUGCCGGGCGUCCUGCAUCUGCUUCACCUGCACCAAAUGCCAAUGGGGAAAGUAAAAGUCCUGAAGACAGCACUAAGUCUGCUAUGCAACAACAACUUCCGCCUGCUAGCUCACUUAGUAAGAGCAGCAAAGUAGCAAAGCCUUCCAUAAUGGAAUCAACCAUAAAAGUGAGUGAAGCUUCGCUGCCCCCUGCACCUAUGUUCCUGCCUCGGAGUGAGCCCUUCUGUUCUACACCCUUGGCUUAUCCAAGCAGUUUUAUCCCAUAUUCAGUCUCUGAGAGCCUUGCAUUGUCCCAUUUACAUUUACAUGGAAAAGCUCCUGUGUAUCCUCACCCAGUUUUAUUGCCCAAUGGAAGUCUUUUUCCUGGUCCAAUGGCCCCAAAGCCUGGAAUUUCUUACAGCCUACCAACCAACAGAGAUUACAUGGCCUAUCAAGAGUCACUGGGUAUGGUGCAUCCAAUCUUACUACCACCUUCUACAAUGGAAAUAGGCAAAGAUGACAAGACCGAGAGAAGGUCUAGGUCCCACGAAAGGCCACGCUACGAGGAACCUGCUGGGAGGAGACUUUUGGAUAUAUCAGAUUCUACACCAAAGCUUAAUUUGGAAGCUUCCUCAGAUAAGAGCGCUAAGUCUCAUCCGACCUCUGUAGUAACCAGUAAACAUUCUUCUAAGACAGAACUGUUGAGUUCCAAUGGAGAAAGAGAUACAAAAUGUGAUUUCAGUUUUGCCAUGAAUGGUUUUGUACCUGAAAAGCAUAUAAUGAAUGAUCUGCAGAAACCAGAACAGGGAGCACAGGUCAGGGAUUUCAUAGCACCAAGAGAAGAGACCCCAAGAAAGAAUGACUUUCAUGUUCCCCAACAGUCUCAGAGUUCGCCUGUAUUCCAGGCCAGAGAGGAAAAUGUAUCUGGGAACCAAACUAUGGAUGUCCCUGCCGUAGAGCUGGGUGCGCAAUUUCUGAUUCCUAGUCAAAGUCAAGAUGCCCAAGCUGCGUUUUAUGGGCAACCCCAGGAAAAAACGCAGCCCUUCAUUAUGGCAAACGGCCAUUCUGACACAGAAGCAGCCGAGGCCACCAUGAGAGACAGUUCAGAUGAAUUUGAAACUAUAAAUGGGAAACUUGUAAAAACCAAAUCUUCCAAACUGACUAAAAGGAUUGCAAACUCCGCUGGCUAUGUGGGUGACCGCUUCAAGUGCAUGACCACCGAAUUGUAUGCCGAUUCAAGCCAACUAAGUCGCGAGCAGAGGGCUCUACAGAUGGAAGGCAUACAAGAGGACAGUAUAAUAAGUCCACCCGCUGCUUACUGUGAGCGCGCUAUGAUGCGCUUCUCAGAACUCGAAAUGAAGGAACGGGAAGACCACACGCCUACCAAAGACUUGGAGAUUUGCAAGCUCAGUAAGUCCGAUGUGAAGCUUUCCGCAGAAAAGGUUAAGCCAGCAGCAUCAGUCCUGGGAGAUUCUGCCGAUAGCCAAAGCGAAGGGGAUCUUAGGACCACUAGUGGAAACCUGACCGGCACUUCAAACCAUAUAGUAAAAGCAGCGGCUAGUGAAGAUAGUCAUACGGAGAAACUCCUUUCCUGUGAUGCAGCAAACCUGAAACCAGAGCUGACAAUAGACGCAAACCUACAAGGGCAGUGUGUGGGCUUAAAACGGAAAAAACCUUGUGAGCCUUUUCUCGGUGAUCUUGACCAACAUUCAACCUGUGAAGAAGCAGCACAGGAAGAUGCAAGGGUGAAAAGGAAAAAGACCGAUGACUGGCAAGAAAGGGACGUUCCAGAACUUUCUAAAAAAUCCUUUGAAGAGUCCCACUGCAAUGAGGUCACCAACCUGAAAGUCUGUAUUGAACUCACUGGAUUGCACCCCAAAAAACAAAGGCACUUGCAGCACUUAAGGGAGCUGGGACAGCUCGGCAGAAAGGAGGCUCCCGAAUGUCGGGAGAUCACAGACAGCGAAAACAAGCUGAGGAGUGUGGAGGAAAAGCCAUUCAAAGCUAAACCUGAAAUCAAAAGCACUAGUGACUUGGAGGAGCUUAGCGGAGACAUCCCCGUGUCUACGCACACGAAAGGCUUUCCACUUGGCUGCCCAAGUAGCAAACGGCAGAGUCAGACAAACCUUUCCCCAGCCUUUAGGUUAGCAGCCAAGCAGCAGAAGAUUAGAGAGGGCCGUAAGGCUUAUGUACAAUGUACAGAUGAAGAGGGGAGUCUCCAAGUCGCGUCAUUGCCUGAGGAUUACACCGAGUAUGAGAAGCCCUCUGGAAAACGGCAAUUCAAGACAAAGCACCUGACUCCACUGGAGAGAAAGAGAAAAAGACUUCUAGCCGGGGAUGACAUCAUGGAUAAUGGAAGCUCUGACGAAAAGGUCAGCCUAAAGGGCUUUAGGAAACGUAUUGAGUUUUCUCCAGAUAACUCUCCGAUGAAAGUGCCGGAUCAGAUGAUUCUAUUGCACACGCCAUCCCAGAUGUCACCACUGCUCAACCAUAUUCAAGACAUUACUCCAAGUCGCCCAAUGCCACCCGAAGCCCGACGACUCAUUGUGAACAAGAAUGCGGGAGAAACUCUCUUGCAAAGAGCAGCACGGCUGGGAUAUGAAGAAGUGGUUCUUUAUUGCCUGGAAAGCAAAUCCUGUGAUGUUAACCACCGAGACAAUGCAGGUUAUUGUGCCCUACACGAGGCUUGUGCGAGAGGCUGGCUGACUAUUGUUCGCCAUCUUUUGGAGCACGGGGCAGAUGUCAAUUGCAGCGCACAGGAUGGCACAAGGCCCAUCCAUGAUGCCGUGGAGAACGAUCACUUAGAAAUUGUGCGUUUAUUACUGUCCUAUGGAGCCGAUCCUACAUUAGCAACAUACUCUGGGAGAACAAUUGCCAAAAUGACACAUAGCGAGUUGAUGGAAACCUUCCUGACUGAAUACUUAACAGAUUUACAAGGUCGGAGUGUAGAUGACCCUGGACUCUCCUGGGAUUUCUAUGGCAGUUCCGUCUGUGAUUCAAAGGAUGAAAAUGGGUUUGACGUGUUGGCGAAUCCACCGGGUCCGGAUGAUGAUGAUGAAGACGGAUGUGUGGAUGCUUUUGAGUUUGAGUUCUCAGAGAUCCCUCUCCUACCUUGCUAUAAUGUCCAGGUGUCUCUCUCGCAGGGGCCCAGGAAUUGGUUGCUUCUGUCUGACGUCACCAAGCAGCUAAAGGUUUCCUCCCAGUCUUUCCGCAGCGAGCAUCCUCACCUCGAAAUAGUCAGUAUUACAGAAGCCGAAUUCUACAAGCAAGUAUCCCUCAGCCAGCUCUUUUCUGCACCCGAAGCCCUUGAACAAUUCAGUCCAGACAGCAAAGAAAUGCUUGAGCUUGUGGAAUUUACAAGUGAACUGCAAACAUUACUUGGUUCCUCCAUUGAGUGGUUGGACCCUGAAGGAGACCCUUCUUAUGCCAGUUGUUAAAAAGCCAAGUCCUUACCCAAUUCUGUAAAAUAAUUUCUAUUUUGUGAAUAUGUGAUAUAGAGAGAACACUAUUCUAUAAAUACUGAUGUAAAAAUAUAUAUAAUAUCUAUAAAUAUACAUAUAAAUAUAUAUAUAUAUAUCCAUAUAUGAGAAAUUUUUUUUUUCUCUCUCCCCCUCCCCCCCCCCCCCAGAAAACUGAAAUAGAUUUAUAAGGUCCUGAAAAGUUCAGUGCACAUUUGCUUUGGGAGAUGUAAUCAUUUCUUUUUUUUUAUUGUAACACUUUAUUUUAUUAUAUAUUUUUCGUAAUUAAGACUGACUUUUUUGCAAAGCACUGAAGGCACGAGAAAUACUUUAUAAUUUUACCAAGUUAUGGACAAAAAGAAGUGGCACUUCAUGACCUUUUUAUGUUUACAGAAAUUACCAGUUUUUUUGGUAACUGUUGGAUAUGAUCCAAAUUUUGUAAUAUAUAGUGAAAAUUCUGCACAUAUAAAUAAAUAUCCAUAGAAAGCUGUUUGAAGUUUUGUAAUCUAAUUUAAAAUCCGAAAUGUUAGUUUUCACACUUAAAUUGAGUGUGUGCAUAUGCGUGUAUGUGUAUAUAUAUAUAUAAUAUAUAUCAUGUGUGUGCACACGCUUGUAUACAUGUAUAAAUAUAUACAUACAUCCAGACAUUUUAUGCUCUAAUUUAAAGACAGACUUUGAGCUAUUUUUUUCGCUUGUAAAAUAUGGAAGCUGUAAAAUAAAGUGUUGCAGUCCAGAUAAAUUGUAUAUAAACUCGAAUUUCCUGAGAUGUGUGUGCAAUGUUUUCAGAUGUGUUUAAACUUUGUAAGUAAACCACCUGCCUUUGUAUUUAUAUUUUACAAGAUUUUUUCUUAAAAAGGCAAUAAAACUGUUCAGUAAAUGGA